AUGGUGUUUUACAUGCGGUUCAAGUGCCCGUACGAAGUGGUCGGGUGCCCCAUGACGGUGCUGCUGGGCCUGCCACGCGUCGACGCCAACUCGGACUCGGGUGGGCUGGUGGCGUACUUCUAUGGUGGCAUGUGCCUACACCCGUACAAGGCGCCGGCCAUCGGGCAGCUCCGAGGCGUCAACCGCACCAAAGCGGUUGCUGCUGCUGAAGGCAAGGGGACCAAGAUGAGCCACCAAGAGAUGCUGGUGUCGCGCCCCGGUGAUCAGCAGAUGACUGCCAACGUCUCGGCCUGUGGGGUGAAUGCCAAUGUCCUUGCGCAGGCGCGCCGCGAGGCGAACAGCAAGAAGUGGCGCUAUGAUCUCCCCCCCCUUGAGGCCCUGCGGCAGCUUGCGAUGCGGGAGAAGCAGCAGGAUGCCGUGACGCUGGGGGAGCUGGGUGUUGCGAAGGGGCGGGUCCUUGGUGUUGUGGACAGCAUCACCCACAUGACUGACGGUGCUGUGGUGGUCGUCAUUGCUGAUGAGGCUGUGUGGAUGUACAGCCAGCUGCGCAACCAGGGGCUCGCCAACAAGGUGCUGGUGGAUUUUUGCGAUUCAAAGGUCCAGGACACCGACGGCCGGAAGUUCAUGACGUUUGUGGCCAUGAUCGAUAACCCGGCAGCGGAGACUUUGAGCGCGCAUCGCCCGCGCCCCAUUGAGCUCUUCCGCGUUGUGACUCAGGACCGUUGA